AUGAACGGCAGGCGACCCUCGCCCCCAGAGAGCGUUCGGCAGCCGGUGCCCCGAUACCCUCCUGGACACGGCAACGCGGUGGCACCGCAGCAGGUCGAGCAGCAUGUCGGGGUGAGCGGUCUUCACCCACCCAACGCGAAGAAUAUGAGAAGUCUGACGGGUAGUGCGAGCGCCAGCGCGGGUAGUGGUGAUUCCCAUAUUGACACAGAGCCAUCGGCUCACAGCAGCCAGAGCAGCCUCGGCCCUCGACCGACUGUGGGCGUGCGUUAG